AUGACUACAGAUGAUGCAUUAAUCCAGAUGUUCUAUGAUAUAGAUGUUGAUAAGUCUGGAGCUGUCGAUUGCGAUGAACUAAGAGAAUACUUGACCAAAAAAGAAUUCGAUGAAUGCUUCAUUACGAGAUUUCUCAGAACUUUUGAUUCAAAUCGAGAUGGAAUGAUAACGUUUGAAGAAUAUCAAACAGGAAUACAUAAAAUUUCACAUCUACAUAAAAAGUAUUUUAAUUGUUAUCAUAUUUUGAAGAAAUUAGACAAAGAUAAAAAUGGUUACAUAACUACACAUGAAAUAUAUGAUGUGCUUUAUGAAAGUGGCAACAAAUAUUAUUUUAGUCCAAAGGAUUUACAAGCGUUUAUACGUAAAUACGACCAAGAUGGAGAUGGGAAGUUGAAUUAUCACGAAUUUUUCGAUUAUCUACUUGAACAACCAACAUCAAAAGGAGGUCCGACAACGCUGAGCUUUCCAAAAUAA